UCUAUCACUCUGAGAAGCUCUAGAAAAUCCAGCCAUCCUUCGCAGCUGCCAUGGAUCUCUUGGGGAGCCCCACACUGCUCCUGGUCCUCUGCCUCUCCUGUCUGUUUUUCGUGGCCAUGAGGAGGAAGAGGGCCAAGCACAAGAACCUCCCCCCUGGCCCAACACCCCUGCCGCUUAUCGGGAACCUCCUACACCUAAACACCAAGAACAUUAUGGAACCCCUAAAGAAGAUGUGUGAAAAAUACGGACCUGUGUUCACCGUGUAUUUUGGCCCAGAGCGAGUGGUGGUUCUCCACAGUUAUGAGACAGUGAAGAAAGUUCUGGUUGAACACGGAGAUGAGUUCAUGAACCGAGGCACCUUGCCAAUAAUAGAUAAGAACAACAAAGGAUUAGGUAUGCUCAUGUCCAAUGGUGAGCGUUGGGUUCAGCUCCGCCGUUUCUCCCUCACAACCUUGAGGGACUUUGGGAUGGGUAAGAAAAGCAUCGAGGAGCGAAUCCAAGAGGAGGUCAAGCACUUGGUGAAGGAACUCUGGGCCAAAAAAGGCCAGCCCUUCAACCCAGCGUUCCUCUUCAGCUCUGCUACCUGCAAUGUGAUCAGUCACAUCCUCCUUGGAGAAAGGUUCGAUUACCAAGAUGAGCAGCUUCUCCAGAUCCUUCACUGGAUCACUGAAAGUAUCCGGAUUGAGAACUCCACUGCAGGGCAGCUCUACAACCUCUUCCCCAGGAUCAUGGACUACUUGCCUGGCCCUCAUCAAACCUGCUUCAAAAACCUCAUCCGUAUCCAUGCUUUUGUAGGCCAGAAGGUGAAAGACCAUGAGGAAACCUUGGAUGCCAACGAUCCUCGAGACUACAUAGAUUGCUUCCUCCUCAAAAUGGUUCAGGAAAAGCACAAUCCCAAGACUGAGUUUACUAGAGAGAACCUGAUUAUGACGGUUUAUGACAUAUUCUUUGCCGGGACAGAAACCACCAGCACCACUUUGAGAUACUUCUUCAUGGUCCUGACAGAACACCCAGCAGUGGAAGCAAAGAUCCACGAGGAGAUAGACCGAGUGAUAGGCCGGGAGCGCCCUCCUGUUAUGAAGGACCGCCCUCAGAUGCCGUACACGGAGGCCGUCCUACACGAGGCCCAGAGGUUUCUUGAUUUAGCCCCUUUAGGGCUCAUCCGUAUGCCAAGACAGGACGUUGAAAUUGAAGGCUUUACCAUACCCCAGGGAACCACCAUCUUUCCCAUGCUGACCUCUGCACUGCAUGACCCCAAACAGUUUAAAAAUCCACAUUUGUUUGACCCAAAACAUUUCCUGGAUGAAAAGGGAAACUUCAAGAAGAAUGGAGCAGACAUACCUUUUUCUGCAGGGAAGAGGAACUGCCUAGGAGAGGGUUUGGCCCGAAUGGAGCUCUUCUUAUACCUCACCAGCAUCCUGCAGAACUUUCGUCUCAAGCGCCCUCCAGGAGUCACCAAAAUCGACCUCACACCGGAUGUCAGUGGGAUAAUGAAUGUACCACGCCAAGUCCAGAUCUGCUUCUGCCCACGCUAAUCAGCUGCCUCCCCACCCAUAGCAUUGCUGGGGGUCUCCCAAGGACUUCCACCUUCUCUCACUGAGUCACUAUAUAGCUACAAAAUAGAUAUUAGCCUUUUGGGGUUCAGGAUUAGAACUGCUUCUUAGCUUCUGUACUUUCAGGAUUCUGGGAACUGGACUUUCAGAAGGCUUCACAGCAUUCUCUACGGAAGGCACAGACAUGCUGUUUCUUUGUUAGCAGCCUGGAUCAUUUUUGAUGCCAUGGUGGCUAUCAGAAUUACCACACUCAUGAUAAAGUGAAGUAUGGCUGUGCCUUACUUCAUUCAUCCAGAGAGUGGAUUCAUUUUCAAUGACAAACGAUGAAUCCACUCUCUUUUGCUACCAGAGAAUCGACUCUCAGAACACCUUUGAAAGAAUAAAACCCAGUACUCCAUGGGC